AUGUCGGCCCGAGUACCCACUGCUUUCCGUCCUCUUGAGACCAACAAAUCAUUUGGUGUUUUUGAGGCGCCCGUCCCCAGACGCACAGCCACAGCCGCGCCCUCGUCCAUCUACUAUGGCACAGGCAGCAGCAUCGACACGGACUCGUACGCGCAAGAGCGCAUGCAGCUGCUGUCCAGACUUGAGCAGCGCUGGUACCCAGUGCGUCCCAGCACAUGCAACCCUCGCAGCAGCAGCGACUGUGCUCAACCCAUUCCACGCAGAAGCUACCCGUCCUCGUUUUCGGGCAUGAAUAGCGCCGGAACCAGCCGCCCGUCGUCGUCCAGCUCCCAGGUUGACCUGUUUGCCGCGGAGGAUGCCGCGUGCAUGGAGCUGCGUGGGAUCUUUGGAAACAGCGAGUUUACCGGCUCUGCUUCGCGCUCGUCAUCGGCCAACUCGUCAAUCAUGGAUGUCUCGUCGAGAUCGUUUGACAGCGACAUGGGUCUUUUCCCGCUGGAGGAGAUUAUCGUUUGCCCUCAGACCCCUCCCAUGCGCUCGCAUAACCCAGUGCCGCUCAAUACUGGGUUUGGUCGCGGAUACUGA